UCUCUCUACAACAAUAAUGGAUGGUUGGAUGGCUGGACUUGGUGCUGCCCAGCCUCCGACUACCGAUGCUCUUGGACAGCUGUUAUCUGAAUAUGCCAGAUGUCUUUAUACUUCACAGCUGCAACAUUUGAAGGAUAUUGCUGGUACUUUGGCGACUGAAGCAGCGGAAGACUCUGCUCAAGUAGCUAAGCUACGUUCAGCUCUUGAAUCUGUUGAUCACAAGAGAAGAAAGAUUUUACAACAAAUGAAAAACGACGCAGAGAUGUUAAAUUUAGAAAGUGGCGCUGCACCUAUUCGGAGUCCUUCCACUUCUGCUGAAGAUGCAAGGCUAGUGUCGUUAAUCUCCCUCGACAGCAUACUGAAGCAAGUCAAGGUUUAGGGGCUGCACAUUUGGAGUGUUGUGGGGGCUGGAAAUCGAGAAGAUGUGGAGGAAGACAAGAGAUGAGAUUUACUACAUCACUCACUUACUUGUCUUAUUGCUAAGUUUAGCAAUUGUUGAAGCAUUAGGUUUGGAGUAGCUCUUGACCAAGCCCUAGUUUAGCCAUUAGUUGAAGUUGGCUCCUUUCAAAGCUUAGAGUAGGAUUAGUUGUUACGUUGUUCUCAUCGUGUGGAAAUCGAGGCAUGCACCACUUGUAUUUCCAUCAUUCUUGUAAUAAUACUCCUCAAAGUAUUUAUCUAAUAAAAGUAUAUCUUUCACUUUUA